CAUGCUUUUAUUGGUGGUCAAUUUCCUCUCCAAUGCUUGCAUUCCUUAAGCACGUGCUCCAGAAUACUUUUAUCACGUGACCUUCUUCCAUUUUUCUUUACUCAUUUUUUUUUAACUUCCCUGCAACUUCUCUUUGUCAUACUAUCACUUCAAAAUUGCAAAGUUGAAAAAAAAAAAACCCAAAUUUUUACUAUUCAAUGGCGAUCUAACUCUUUUAAAUAAUCCCAGAAUUUUAAGCUUAAUUGAUAAUGUGAAAGAUAGAUAUGGGCUGCAUACAGUCCAAAACGACACUCCUCCGCUCUCCAAAGGAUACCCCUCCUCUCCCUGAAACCGACAAGCAAAUCUCAGCAAGUGGAGAAGUAGAAGAAAGUGAUAAUCAACAGCAAAAAGGUCCAGCUUUUAAGGAGUAUAGUUUAAGUGAGCUAAGAAAAGCCACAAAUGGGUUUAACCCAGAUUGUAUAGUUUCUGAAAGUGGGGAGAAAGCCCCAAAUGUUGUUUAUAGAGGAAGACUUGAAACUAAUAUAUUCAUUGCUGUUAAACGUUUCUCUAAGCUGUCUUGGCCUGAUGCUCAGCAAUUUCUGGUAGAAGCCGCUGGUGUUGGGAAUGUCAGACAUAAAUGGUUGGCCAACCUCAUUGGAUGCUGUGCUGAGGGAGAUGAGAGAUUGUUGGUGGCCGAGUUCAUGCCCCAUGACACUCUAUCCAAGCAUCUUUUCCAUUAUGAUAAACAACCUCUUCCAUGGGAAAUGCGUGUGCGAGUGGCCUAUCAUAUUGCAUUGGCUCUAGAUCAUUGCAGUUCAGAAAACUGGAAAAUAUAUCAUGAUUUAAAUGCAUAUAGAGUGCUUUUUGACGAGGAUGGUGAUCCUCGUUUAUCCACUUUUGGCCUGAUGAAGAACAGUAGAGAUGGUAAAAGUUAUAGUACGAACUUGGCCUAUACACCACCAGAGUUUAUGCAGACUGGUAGGGUUAUCCCUGAAAGUGUCAUCUACAGUUAUGGAACCAUUCUACUUGACCUUUUAAGUGGGAAACAUAUACCUCCGAGUCAUGCGCUAGACAUAAUACGAGGAAAGAGUGCAUUAGUGUUGAUGGAUUCUUCAUUGGAAGGACAGUAUGAAAACGAUUAUGCUGCUACUAUGAUUGAACUAGCGUCAAAAUGCCUUCAGUAUGAAGCAAGGGAUCGGCCUGACAUCAAGUUCCUUCUUACAGCAAUAGAACCACUGCAAAAACAAAAAGAGGUUGCAUCCCAUGUUUUGAUGGGGCUGCCCAAGACUGCAGUAGUGGUGCCAAUAAUGCUCUCUCCUCUCGGGAAGGCUUGCGAAAGGAUGGACCUCACUGCUGUGCACGACAUAUUGCUUAAAACCGGGUAUAAAGAUGACGAGGGUGCUGAUAAUGAGCUCUCAUUUCAAGAUUGGACACAACAAGUACAAGACAUGUUAAAUACGAAGAAAUUUGGCGACAUUGCAUUUAGAGACAAGGAUUUCCAAAAUGCUAUAGACCACUAUUCAAAGUUGGUGGCUAUGAUGCCGGCACCUUCAGCAACUGUAUUAGCAAGGAGGACACUGUGUUACAUGAUGAUUGGGCAACCCGAGCUUGCCCUUAGAGAUGCAAUGCAGGCACAGGUAUGCAUACCAGAGUGGCCAACGGCGUUUUAUUUGCAGGCCCUUGCACUUUCCAAGCUAGGGAUGGAAGCUGAUGCGCAAGAUAUGCUACAUGAUGGUGCUGCUUUUGAAGCCAAGCGGCAAACUUGUUGGCGAGGCUGAAAUUCUUUGUUUUCGAUUCCUGUAACACUGCUCUAGGAUAUGGGUUAUAUUUUCUCCGAUUCCAUGUGGUGCUGCAUUGAAUUAUACAAAUAUUGUAAUAUGGAAAAGUAUAUUAUAGAGAUUAAUUGAAAACUAAAUUUAUGCUACUUUUAUUGAGGAAUUAAGAAAAUACUAGGCCUUAACUUCA